AAUACAAUUUUUUUUUCUAUGCAUGAACAACAAAGUGUGCAAAGCUGAGGAAAAGUCCAAUAAAAUAUUUAACUUCUCAUCAUUAAAAAAUUUGGGUCUAUUAACAAUGUAAUAUAUAAUGCAUAUAAUUAAUAAUUUUUACAUAAUCUCAAAUUUGUUUAAAUUAGUAUUGUAAAAUAAUACUUUUUUAUUAAAUUUAAUCUAGACAAGAAGAAAAUUUGUCACAGCUCUAUUUAACUAUAAUAUGUCAAUGAUGUCUUCCCUAAAAAAGCAAUCCUCUAAGAUUUCAGAAUUAGCGAAAGAUCAUGUUAGUCUAAAAAGUCGUACAUCAUAUAUAAGCUUAGCUGGUGGAGAUAUGGAUUGGGCACGAGCGAAAACUCCACUUAUACCAGAUGAUCAAUUACAAUUAACAGAAGCAGAACUUCAAGAAGAAAUUGCUCGAGUGCUUACAGUACAUAACACACGCGUUCCUGAUUCACUCGUUGAAUGGUCUUGGAAAUUAAGAGAAUUUAUAAAACUACCUGAUCCUCCUAAUAUAGUAACUCUCCUGAGUAUACCUGGCACUAUAUUACGUAAGGAUUCUGAGGAAGCUAAAAUACAAUUAGAAAAUCAUGGAGAGGAAUUUACUGCCCGACAAGAUGAUAUGCUAGAUAAAUAUGCAGAUGAAGAUUAUGAAGAAUAUGGAGAAUAUGAAGAAUUAGAUGAAACAGAUGAAUUUCAAAGAGGAAGGCCUAAAAAAAUACCUAAUCAAUUCAAUUUUUGUGAGAGAGCUGCAUUAACAUAUGACAAUCCUAUGAGAGUAAGUUUAUUAAAGACUAAAUAUUUUAUGGAUGGAAAUGAAGUGUUAAUUUUUUUACAGAAUAUGAGUACACAAACUCUACCUCCACCCAUAGCAACAUUUAACACACAUGUCUUCCAAUGGACUAUUUUUGAUGAAUAUCAGGAAGAUUACAUGCUCCAACAACGUGAAAGAGAAAGAGAAAGAAGAUUGCCAAUUGUACACGUACGGAGAGAGGAAACGAAACAAAAAGAGCAGAUGGAAACCAUUGAAAUGUAUGAUAGAAUGCUUAAAGCAGCUAAGACAUUAGAGAGAAUGGUAAAUCAAAAUAUAUAUGAUGAAAUUGCACAAGAUUAUAGAUAUUGGAAUGAUCCAAGUGAUGAAUAUAAAGAUGGUGAAGGUUCUUUAUUACCAUUAUGGAAAUUUAAUUAUGAACCAACAAAAAAACAUGAUAUCACAGAUGUAUGCUUUAAUGCCAGAUAUUAUGAUCUAUUUGCAGUAGCAUAUGGAACAUUGACAUUCAAUAGUUCUAUAAAGAAUGGUUCAGUUUGUUUAUUUAGUUUAAAAAAUCCAUCAUAUCCAGAAUGGAUUUGUCAAACAGAAUCUCCAGUAAUGUGUUUAGAUUUUAGUGUUCAACAUCCUCAUUUAUUAGUCAUUGGUGUUAAAGAUGGUUCAGUAGCAGUAUAUAAUAUUAUGUUACCACCUACAGAACCACAGUACAAAAGUAAUGAUGUUACACAAAAGCAUGGAGGUAUUGUAUGGGAGAUUCGCUGGGCACCAGAUACGCAAGAAGGAAAUUUAGCAUUUUAUAGUGUUAGUAUUGAUAGCAAAAUAAAUUAUUGGGUUCUCAAUCAAAAGGAACUUAGUUUAACAACUGUUAUGACAUUAUUUCUUGAUCGACCACCAAUACCAGGUCCUGAUGGUACAUUGAUAACACUCAAAGGCUGUGGAACCUGCAUAACGUUUUAUCCAUCUGAUGAACAUGUAUUCUUAGUUGGAACUGAAGAAGGUAAUAUUUACAAAUGUAAUACGGCGUACAGCAGCAUUUAUGUGCAAACAUAUAAUGAAGCACAUAAUAUGCCAGUGUAUCGUAUAGUCUUCAAUAAAUAUAAUUCGAAGAUAUUUGCAAGUUGUUCAGGAGAUUGGAGAAUUAAAAUAUGGGAAGAUGAAAGGCCAGAUCCACUUUUUAUGUUUGAUCUUGGUGUUCCAAUCGGAGACGUGCAAUGGGCACCUUAUAGUUCAACUGUCUUGGCUUGUGUAUCAAAUGAUGGAAAAGUUACUGUUUUUGAUUUAAAUGUGAACAAGUACAGAUCAAUUUGUAGCCAAGCAAUUGUUAGUAAAAAAAAGAAUAAAUUAACAAGGCUUGCUUUUAAUACCAAGUUGCCCUUCAUCAUAGUUGGUGAUGACAAGGGUACUAUAAAUACAUUAAAGUUAUCACCAAAUCUUAGAUUGAAAAUAAAACCAACAAAGAAACAACUCCAUUUAACAGAUGCAGAGUUAGAACGUAUGAAAUUAGAAAAAUUAUUAAGUUUCAUACGUGAGCCACCUAUUUUAAUACCACCAAAAGAUGUUAAAUUAGAAUGA